AUGAUAAAUAUAUCCAAACGUGUAUUCAUAAAAAAUGAAACGUCUACAAAAGUAAUACCUUACUUGGCUAAACCAUUUCUAAACAUUAAUUUUUUAAAUAAUGAAGAAAAUCCAUUUUGGCUAGGAGACGAAUAUAUUAAAAAAUCAAAUAUAAUUUUUAAUUCUAAAAUUAUUGCACAUCCUGUGUAUGUAGCUCAAACAAUUCAUAAAUAUAAACCAGCAAAUAUUCCUCAAAUAGCUAUAUUUGGUCGUUCAAAUGUGGGGAAAUCCAGUUUAAUAAAUGCAUUGUUGAAUUAUCGAGAAGUUUCACAGGCAUCCAAUACACCAGGAAGAACUCGACAUUUAUUUAUUUUCAAUUUAUUAAAUUAUUUAUCUAUUGUGGAUUUACCUGGAUAUGGAUAUGCAAAAGUAUCAAAGGAAUUACGAAAUAACUGGUCUAUAUUAAUUGAAGAAUAUUUAAAUAGAGCAAAGAACUUAAAACGUGCUUUAUGUUUAAUUGAGUCCACUGAAUCCUUUAGUACUUAUGAUUUUAUUUUAUUAGAUAUGCUAAUAACAAAAAAUAUACCAUUCCAAAUUAUCAUAACUAAAAUUGACAAACUCAAGGUGAAUGAAUUGCAUAACUUAAUGAUCAAGAUCCUUUCCGUUAUUGAUAAUUAUAAAAAGAAAGUAAAAGUAUACAAUGAUAAUAAACAUAAGAAUAAGAACUAUAAUAAUGUGAAUUACGAAAUAUGUGACUUUAAUAUAAAUGAAUAUAUACAUAAUGUUUCAAGUUUAAAAUAUUUUGGAAUUCAGGAAUUACGAGCGAACAUUAGUUUAAUAGCGUUGGAUAAUAUGAGUUCCAAAAAUAAAAAACAAAAAUGA